AUGGCGGCUUCCACCACCAGCCAGGUCUACAUCGAUGUAAUCGAGGAUGUCAUGGUCAAGGUCCGUGACGAGUUCGUCAACAACGGCGGUCCUGGGGAGGAAGUUCUCAAGGAGCUUCAAGCUAUGUGGGAAUCAAAGAUGAUGCAAGCUGGCGCUGUGCUGGGUCCCAUAGAGAGGUCAACUGCCGCUAAGCCAACUCCCGGUGGCCCUAUUACUCCGGUUCAUGAUCUUAACAUGCCGUAUGAAGGGACCGAGGAGUAUGAGACUCCUACUGCUGAAAUGCUUUUCCCUCCUACACCGUUGCAAACGCCAAUUCAAACCCCUUUACCUGGAACUGGGGAUAACUCAACGUAUAACAUUCCUACUGGACCAAGUGACUACCCCUCUUCCGGAAAUGAUGCAGGAGGAAAUGCUGACGGAAAAGGAGGAAGACCUGCUUCGUAUAUGGCCACAAAGAAAUGGCAGGUGGCUGUGAUGCAAUAUAGCACUGCUAUUGUGGUGCUAUUGCAUGCAGUUGACUACUAUCAACCUCCUUCUCCUUGGAUGAACCCGAGGCCCUCACUUGAUGUCAAUGUUGCCUAUGUGGAAGGGCGGGAUGAAGCAGACCGGGGAACUUCUAAUCAACCUCUGACACAGGACUUCUUCACAAUGUCGUCAGGAAAGCGAAAACGCAAUGAUUUGACUUCUCAACAUAAUGCAGGUGGAUAUAUACCUCAGCAAGAUGGAGCUGGGGAUGCUGUACUUGGAGAUUUUGAAAUUGAGGUGAAUGGAGGGGACAUAUCCAUUAAUUCACAUCACACUAUUUCCAAAGGGAAAAUGCCAGCAGAUUUGGAAAGGUUUUCUUUUAGAAUUCCUCAACUUGAUGGACCAAUUCCAUAUGAUGAUGAUGUGCUUUCUACACCAAAUAUAUACAACUAUGGAGAAGUGUUCAGUGAAGACUACAACAUUUCUAAUACACCAGCUCCUCCUGAAGUGCCAGCUAGUACCCCUGCUCUCGUGGCUGAGAAUGAAGUGGGAAAUGAUUAUGAUGAUGAUGAUGAUGAACCUCCGUUAAAUGAAGAAGAUGAUGAUGAUUUGGAUGACAUGGAACAAGGAGAGGAUCAAAAUACACAUCAUCUUGUUUUGGCCCAGUUUGAUAAGGUGACUCGUACCAAGAGCAGGCGACAGGAGAAUUUGACUUCUGAUUUUGUUGGAGAUGGUGCUUUCGUGAAGACUAAUUGGGAGAUGUCAUUGAGUAGAAUGAGCAAUUUUUGGCCUUUACCUGAUAUUAGAGACUCGGGCAUUUCCUUAAGCCCAUCAUUUGUAGUAUGUGGUUCCUUUAGUUCUGUAUACUGGGACGUAUUGAAUCGGGGUGCUAUUGUAUAUCUUGCAGGACUCAAGUUCAAGCUAUAG